AUGCGUGACAGUGAAUCUCUGGUGGUUUGUGACGUUGCUGAAGACCUGGUGGAGAAACUGAGAAAAUUCCGGUUUCGUAAAGAAACCAACAAUGCUGCCAUUAUAAUGAAAAUCGACAAGGAUAAGCAGUUGGUGGUACUGGAUGAGGAGCAUGAGGGUAUUUCUCCUGAUGAGCUAAAAGAUGAGCUGCCUGAGAGACAACCUCGAUUUAUUGUGUAUAGUUACAAGUAUCAGCAUGAUGAUGGAAGAGUUUCUUAUCCGUUGUGCUUUAUCUUCUCCAGUCCAGUUGGUGAGUGAACACUGUGAACGGUAGCUACUAUAUGCUGUAAAUAUGGGAAUAUUCUUUGCUAUGGAAGAUAAGUGAUGAGUGCUCAAUGCUCAAAUAGUGCUUCAGAUGCGUAAGGCUAGAUUUGCUUAUGCCACUGCUGGAAACAAGGCACUAUAAAGCUAUGGCAUCAUCUGGAGACCUUCUUUGGCAGAGAGGAAUCUCUGGUAUAUUAGCUCCAUCCUUACCAGCAGCUCAUGACAGGCGUAGAUGCUCCCAUCUGCCCAGAUCUCCCUAGUUGCUAGAGAUAUUCGCUGCCUCUGGGGUUUACAUUUAGAGCACUUAGGAAGUAUGGUAGAAGAGAUUCCCUUUUCCAUUUCUGAAGGCUGAACAGAAGUGUUAGUUUCCUGUAUAGCUGGCCAAAAGCUGUCUUUCUAAAUGUGCCUGCCCACUGUGGUGUCAGUGGUGCGCUCAGGAAAGCCCGGAGCACUCUGAAUCUAUUCAUCUAGGUUUAACCUAAUGUCUUUCCUGUCACCCUCUGUUCAAAUCUUGGGGAGUCCUCAAAAUAUGACCAGACAAGGCUUAGGGAAUGAGCGAGGAGAGGGUUGGAAGAUGCCCCCUCUGUUCCUGAGGGUUUAUGCUUGCCUCUGUCCAUCUUGCUAUUCAGAUGUUAGCAACCGGGUGGGAAGAAAUUCCUCUCCUUCUCAGAAGGACAUGGGAACCUGUGUCUACCCAUGGAAGGAACGAGACUCUCUAAAAGGGUUCCGAUGGCAUCGGAGAGGAGGAUUUUCCAGGGGGCCUAUAUGCAAUGGGCAGCAACAGAGGAUGCCUCCAAACAGUGCUGUCAUGUGAAGGUCUAAAGGGCUGUUACAACUGUGGGUGAAAAGGAGGAAAAAAGGGCUCCAUAACCCAGAUUUGGGCAGGUGAAAGUGCUGGGUGAAGAGACUCUGUUCAAGGAGAAAGAGACUGAAAUCGUCCCGAGUUUAUACAGAGCAGUAGCUUCCUCUGCUUGCAUCACAGCAGCCUUCAACAUAAAUGUACCUGCACAGGGAACUGUGUAAUUUUAACAGAAGCCAAAUAACCUGUGGCUUGAUUGGACUGACAGAGCUGAAUUGCUCCUGUGGCUUCCAUCUGUGUUCUGAAAUGUAAUACAGUAGCUUGCUGGUAUUACUGGAUUAUCCUUGUUAUCCUCUAGAAGAUAAAUUGAUUGCAUUGUUUUACUCAGAACUAGAAUAACUAGGUAGGUAGAGGAGUUUAGCAACUAGUGAACAGCUAUUCUGUAGUUAUCUGAGAUUCUUUGUAUGAAUGUUAUGGGUGUUCUCUGCAGAAGGAUGGAUAUUUUGAGAGUUAUAACAGCAGUAAGAAACUUCCUGGAAGACCUUGAAGUAGCAAAGCAGGCAGACAUGUAGUAUUUUGUACGAAAAGAGAGCUUAGACAACAUUCGUUAUGGGUGGCAAGAUUUAAAAGUACACUCAUAUCUAGAAACUACUAAACAAGAAGCUUCUGAAGAAAUGCCUUUUUUUCUUUCUUGAGGUUUUCUGUUACCAAAAAUUGUCUGCAAACGUUAGUGAUUAGGCUGGUACUGGAGUCAGAAACAAUGAACAAUUUAGAGCUGGGGCUCUAAAAGCAGUUAACUGCAACUGUGAGUGAAGUUGUUCCAUGUUGGGAGUAAUCUUGAUUCAGUUGGAGGAUCUAGGGAGAGAUGAGGAAGGAGAAAGAGCAACAAAUUCAAAGUGACUUGAUUUGUUUUCAGUUUGACUCCAGCUCAAAGGCAUAUGCUAUAAAGAUCUGUACAGGUGUAAUGAGCAAAGACAUGGGAAUCUUCCAGAAAUAGCAAGAGGGCAAAGAAUGGAAUGCAGUGUAAUCGGCACACUUCUGUAGUGGCAGGAGGUACUGCUUUGUUGGCUGUUGUGAUUCAUGUUUGACUGCUGCUAUGUUUGAUGUUAGCUCUAAGCAGAAAUGCAGGUGCAUGUUGAGACCACUGAUUCAACCUGCACUAUUACUUCUGCAAAUGCUUCUCAAGUACUAGAUACGAAAGUAAGAGCAAGGUUGAUAAUGCAUAUAAAGAAAUAGGUCACUUUUCUGAAUGGAGACUUCAGCUUUCAGUUGGGGUUCUUUAAAAAAAAAAAAUACAAUCUUAAUUUUGA